CUCCCACUGUUGUUGGGACCUGCACAGAGAAAUAUCCAGAGAGGAGCAGCGGCGGCGGCGAGGGGAUAAAAACAACUUACUCCUCAAUAUGGGAUUGUAAAGGUCGAUGAUUGAUCCUCGGACGAUGCAAGAGGACGGGUCCUCACUGUGAAGCCCCCCGGAGUCUCUUUUAAGUUUUGUACUGGUAGGCCCUCCUUCUUCUGCUCCUCCUCCUCUUCCUCUUCGUCACCAUGCUGAGUUUCCUGCGCCGGACGCUGGGCCGGCGCUCUAUCCGGAAGCAUGCAGAGAAGACGCGCCUGCGUGAGGCCCAGCACGCCAUCACACACAUACCAGCCGCCGGGGAAGCAAAGUCAAUCAUCACCUGCCGUGUGUCCCUGCUGGACGGGACGGACGUCAGUGUGGACCUACCAAAAAAAGCCAAAGGGGAGGAGCUGUUUGAGCAGAUAAUGUACCACCUGGACAUCGUCGAGAAGGACUACUUCGGUCUGCGCUUCAUGGACUCUGCUCAAGUCCCGCAUUGGCUUGAUGUAACCAAAAGCAUAAAAAAACAAGUAAAAAUCGGACCUCCCUACUGUCUUCACUUGAGGGUCAAGUUCUACUCGUCUGAACCCAACAACCUGCACGAAGAGCUCACAAGAUACCUAUUUGUAUUACAGCUGAAGCAGGACAUUCUCAGUGGAAAGUUGGAGUGCGAGUUCGACACUGCUGUGGAGCUAGGGGCCUUCUCCCUCCAGGCGGAGAUGGGGGACUGUGACCCGGCAGAGCAUGGUAUGGACAUGGUGUCGGAGUUCCGCUUCAGCCCAGAGCAGACGGAGACGAUGGAGCUGGCCAUCUACAGCACAUGGAAGGAGUGCAGAGGCCAGAUGCCCGCCCAGGCGGAGAUCAACUACCUGAACAAGGCAAAGUGGCUGGAGAUGUACGGGGUGGACAUGCACAUGGUCAAGGCCAGAGAUGGGAAUGAGUACAGCCUGGGUCUGACCCCCACUGGAGUUCUGGUGUUCGAGGGAGAAACCAAGAUUGGACUGUUCUUCUGGCCCAAAAUCACUCGCCUGGACUUCAAAAAAAGCAAGCUGACUCUUGUUGUGGUGGAGGAUGAUGAACAGGGUAAGGAGCAGGAGCACACCUUCGUGUUCCGGAUGGACCACCCCAAGGCCUGCAAGCACCUGUGGAAGUGUGCCGUGGAGCACCACGCCUUCUUCCGGCUGCGGGGGCCCGUGCAGAAGAACUCUGCCCAGUCGGGCUUCAUCCGCAUGGGGUCCCGCUUCAGAUACAGUGGUAAGACAGAGUACCAGACCACGAAGGCUAACAAGGCCCGGCGGUCCGCCUCCUUUGAGAGGAGACCCAGCCGACGGUACUCCAGGAGAACCAUGCAGAACCGAGGACCAUACAAACCCCAAGAGGCUCUAUCGCUGGUCAGCCCCAACAACAACGGAGUCAGCAGAGACGCCAAGCCCCUCCCCUCCAGGCCAGGAUACUCCGGCCUGGCUGUGGUUAGCCCCGCCCCCUCCUCAGCCUGUGGACCAAUGGAGAUCGAGCCUCUGCCCAGGAGUCCUGGAGGAGAGAAGAGAAGUCUUCCCCUGGUGGCCGACCUGCUGGAGACCUGCAUCGAUGACGUCAUCAGGGCCCCAGAGGCCGUUCCCAUGGCGACGGAGACGGAAGAGGCAGGGCCGAGCGGCGCUCACACCUCAUCCUCUUCUAGUGUUGCCGUAGACGACGGCCUGGGUCAAACGGAAGCAGCUGCUCGUUUGAAACAGCUGGAGUUGGAGAACAAUGCUCUCUCCGUGUCAACUCCUCCGAAAAACGUCAACGUCAACAUGGCGCUGAACAACCUAAAGGAGCUGGGGAAGCUGUCUGAUAAGUCUGUGUUGAGCGCGGUGGGCUCCAGCCCUGUGGUUACUCCACGCCGCCCCCCGGAGGAGCAGAAGAGCAACAUCCUCAAGGCCCAGGCAGAGGCCGCCGCCCACAAGGGCUCUUUGGAAGAUCACUCCACUUUACUGGGAGAUAAGAACUGUAACCUGCAGGCCAGUGCUGGGCUGAAGGUGCGUUCGGGGCGGAUGGGCAGUAACUCCUCCCUGACUCUGAGCAGUCGGCCCGACAGACAGGAGGCCCGAGAGAUGCUCAAACCCUCCAGCCUUGGAUCUCCAGCAGGACCCAGUGUGGAGAUGUUGGGUGAAGAGCCCGGCCCCCCCUGUCUUCCCAGCAUGCUCUCUGAAUCCGGUGCCAACAUGCUGGCUCCGAGGGUGAAGCCAGACGUGAUGGACCCCCCGCCGUCUGAUAACCUGAUCGACUUCACCGAUCCCACCCCUGUGCUCCCACCGGUUCAGCAGGCUAAACCACUCAUCACCCCACGCUGGAUCAUACCCACCGCUACUCCUUCAUGCGCCUUCACCAAUGGCCUGCUUGACCUCGACCUGACCGCCAGGCUCACCCCACCCCCAGAGAAGGGGCGUACCCCCACCCCAGCCAUCCCGCUCCUCACCCAAACUCACAACAUCAUCACCUCCAGCAUUGUGGGAGCUCAACCUGCCCAGGAGGAGGGAGCCAGGCCCAAGGGCCUGCUGACCACCGAACUCUGAGGGGAGAUGGACCCCCCCUCCCCUCUCCCCUCACUGCCCCACGUCUCCCCUCCCCCACCAGCUCCAACCACAGAGCGAGACACUACCAAACCUCGGCCCCAACACACUACCAAACCCCACUGUAGGCAGACUAUAUAACUAACAGUAGUUUACCCCAGCCUCAAAAGAAUACCCGAAAUUAUUAUUUUCACCUGACAUGUUUUUAAGGAACCACCAGGACCAUUCUUCCUUAGAGCUAGAGAUGAUCUGAGAUGAUUGAUGUUUUAUGUUGGAGGUGAGGAGGAUUGUGACUUCACUGUAUUUCACCGGGUAUUACUGAACCCAGCACACUUUUAUAGUUCCUCGGGAUGCAGAAACUGUCCGGCAUCGUCUCAUACAUUCCCUGUAAUGAAGGCUUUCAUUUUGACAGCACGGACUAUUAAUACACGCGUAGAAGAUGCAGCACAGCCACUGGAUAUGAGAUACAAUGUCAAUUUUUUCACUGGAUUAUUACUCAACACUGGACCUGAACUCUCUCCCUGGAAACCCUGGAAAUUGAUUUUUUCACUGAAUCGAUGAGAGAUCUCCAUGUUUUUAUUUCUACUGACGUUUUAAAAAAUGAUCUUAGACCCUUUUUCAUUCCCUUUCAGUUUUUUUUCAUUCUGAUGAAGGAUAUUUUAGGCAAAACUAUUUUUUGCAAGUCUUCAAGAAGUACAGAGCUCCGGCACUGAGUGUUAUGUGCGUGUUAAGUGUUCGUCUGUUGGUGUUUGUUCCUGCAUGUCUUUGACUGUUACCAAUGUUGAGAAGAAAUAACGAUCUCCCGGCUUUGGUUCAAUAAUCACUGUUUUCUUUAAUUUACUGCAUUGCAAAGUCUUAUAGAAGAAUUAAGAACUUUUGUCGGUUCUUGGUCAUUCCUUGUUUGACUAGUCUACCGCUGACGUUACGAUAUUCUGUUUGGAAUCAUUUGAGGUCAAAUCUGUUUUGAUCGUAUUUCCUAAAUGCUGUAUUUCCCAACUGCCUUGGCGAGUGAUUGCCUUUCGAGGUAUCAUCAUAAACAGCUGUGAGAACAUUUCAACAGGUCUUCAGAACAGGAUUUUCCAACGGGAAGGAAAUGGGGAAAUUAUGCCUUGGCUGACCAUUUUAUUUUCCCUGAUUUUGAGAAGAUCUGUCCCACAUGAAACUAUUUGCAUUGCUAAGAAAUUUUGUAUUUGAUCUUUCUGUAACCAUUUGAUGCAGUUAUACACUUUAUGGACUAUCUGUUGUGAUAUCUUCAACAUAUAUGGUAAAAUCAUUGAGACUCAUUUUCUCAAUUUAUCCCAAUUUUGUCCCAAUACUCUGAGCAGCAGGUCAAGUAUUGUAGGAACACUUGUGUUUUUCUCCAUACCGUGGCAUCAGUGUACUGUAGAUAUGAAGUAGAUUUAUAUAUAUUUUUAUGAAGAACGGUAACUGUAGCAGUAUUGGUAUGGCCACACACAGAGACUUCAGCGCUGGUUUUUUGCUCCUGUCCUCGAUAGAACUCGAGAGAUAUUUGAUUUAGUUUUUUGUUUCAUUGCUUUUGAGUUUUUUUGUCAUUUUCUGUGAUGAUUGGAAUAUCUCUGAGCUGCGUCACUUUGAAAUUCCAGCACUCUGUAUGUUGGUCAGUGAUAUUUUUUAUGAUCUCAUCGUAUGUUGGGAUUAUUGUACCUGAUGAUUUUUUGUCAUGCUGGAUUUACACAACGUUAAGAGAGAUUUCUAACACACUGUGUACCAGAUAGCAUAGUUAAUAGCAAAUAAAAAAGAAAAUCGA